AUGGCGCACUGGGUUAGCGAGAGUGAUGGCAGUGACAGCUUCGAAUGGGAUAGCGAUGGCAAUGGGGAGGAGGCAGCGAGCUUCAACGCUGCUGGUGCCAGUUCAUCAGCAAUGACAUCAACGAACACUGAUGCUCCAGGCCCAUCGACACGGGUUGCUAAUGGCAAUGGGAAGGCUGGGCCAUCUGCCGCUUUGGUUCAGAAGUAUAUGGACAUGGGUUUCACAGAAGAGAUUGUUCUGAAGGCCAUGAAGGACAAUGGGGAUAAUGGAGCAGAUUCAUUAGUUGAGCUUCUUCUUACUUACCAGGAACUAGGCAAUGAUCUCAAAGUGGAUGACGGCUUUGCUUCUGGUUGUGUCCCCCAAACUGUUGACGAUAGUGAUGAUGAUGACAUUCUAGAAAACUGGGAUGAUGAGGAUGCUGGUGGUAGAAGCACAAGGGUUGCUAACUCUUUUGAUGAUUCUGGAGACGAGGAUUUCUUACAUGAGAUAUCACAAACGGAUGAGAAAGUUGAUUCGUUAGUUAAAAUGGGGUUUCCUGAAGACGAGGCUGGACUGGCUAUUACUAGAUGCGGGCAGGAUGCAUCUAUUUCUGUUCUGGUGGAUUCAAUAUAUGCUUCACAGACCGCAGGAGAUGGUUACUGUGGCAAUUUGUCUGACUAUGAGGAUAGUUCGUAUGGAGGGAGAAACAAAGGAAGACCAGUGGACAUAUCGCUGCCUUCACAAGCUAUGGGUCCACCAUACUUCUACUACGAGAAUGUUGCUCUUGCUCCAAAAGGUGUCUGGACUACCAUAUCAAGAUUCUUGUAUGAUAUUCAGCCGGAGUUUGUGGACUUGAAGUACUUCUGUGCUGCUGCCAGGAAAAGAGGUUAUAUACACAAUCUGCCACUUGAGAACAGGUUACCUCUCCUCCCCAUACCUCCAAAGACAAUAUCCGAAGCAUUUCCUCAUACCAGGAGGUGGUGGCCAUCAUGGGACCCACGACGACAGUUCAAUUGCCUCCAGACUUGUGUGUCUAGUGCAAAACUGUUAGAGAGGAUACGUGUAGCCCUUACAAACAGUUCAGAUCCACCUCCUCCAAGAGUUCAAAAGUUUGUGUUGGAGGAGUGUAGGAAAUGGAAUCUCGCUUGGGUUGGCUUAAACAAGGUUGCUCCUUUAGAGCCUGAUGAGAUGGAGUUUCUACUCGGCUUUCGGAAGGAUCACACCAGAGGUAUCAGCAGGACAGAGAGGUAUCGAUCUCUAGGAAAUUCAUUUCAAGUUGAUACUGUUGCUUACCAUCUCUCAGUCCUCAAGGAUAUGUACCCACAAGGCAUGAAUGUACUGUCUUUAUUCUCUGGUAUUGGAGGAGCAGAGGUAGCUCUCCACAGGCUUGGUAUACGCAUGAAGACAGUUAUUUCAGUAGAGAAGUCUGAGGUCAAUAGGACUAUUCUGAAGAGUUGGUGGGAUCAGACGCAGACUGGUCUUCUGAUUGAGAUUAGUGAUGUGCAGACACUGACAUCUGAGAGGAUCGAGGCAUAUGUUAGAAGAAUUGGCGGCUCUGAUCUUGUGAUUGGUGGAAGUCCCUGUAACAAUCUUGCUGGGAGCAACCGUCACCACAGAGAUGGUUUGGAGGGCGAACAUUCUUCAUUAUUCUACCACUAUGUUAGGAUCUUAGACUCCGUCAAGUCCAUCAUGGAGCGUUUGUAG